GCAAUUCUAGUUUUGCAGGAUGGAAGAAGAGCUAUUUGUUCCAGAUUACACUUGGGAAGAAUCACCAACAGCAGAAGACGCUAUGCCGCCUCUGGAGCUUACACUCACUUCGGGAGGAAAAGCCGCCAACGAAUCUGAUAAACGGCAAGCCCAAGUAGAACCCGCCUCCGUUCUUUCGUCGAAACCAGACACCCCCGACGAGUUCAAGGGUAUGCCAGAUCUGGAACUUGCACCCACACACAAUCCCGGUGCAUUGGAUGACCUGCCAGUUCUGGAGCCAAGUCCCGUCCCCCCUUCAUCACCACCCAUCUCCGCAGUUGCCCACAUCGCCCCAGUGCGACCACAUAGAAAACGUCCAAAAUCAAAGCAAACAUGUCCACAGCCUGGAUGCGAGCACGCCACCAAACAGUUAAAGAGGCACGUUAUCCGCCAGCACAUUUGUGACCGUUGGUGUUUUUUGUACCCACUACUUGCAUGCUGGGAGUGUCGGAAAUUGGAGAUAGCAAGUCAUGUACGGUCACAUGGCGCCUUUGGCAUCACCAACCAUCUUCCUGAACUGUCAUUCCUAGUUGCAGGCUUCGUAACGUACCUUUGCGACAUCAUUGGAGCCAAAUCGCCGGGGGACUUAUUGACGCUGGUGCGCCAACGAGAAUUGGGAGAUGCUUUUUCUUCUUUCAAGGAGGAGGAACAAGCCGUCUGGGACGCUUACGAUGCUUUCGUCGGCCUUCCUCCAAUGGCAGAUCGAGAUCUAGUGACGCCAACUCGCAUCUCCUCGAUCUUCCACUGGAGGACACUCCAACGCCUCUUAACACACAGCUCCCCUGCCACCGAGCACGGCGGCUCUUUUGUGGACUCUCAUUGUCAUGUCGAUCGUCUCCUGCACCGUGCUAGGUACACUGGUACUUUGAGCCAGUACAUGAACAGUCGGCAAGAAGAAAUCGGUGUCGAUGGUUUUCUGGGCUGCAUUGCAAACUUUUGCGAUCCUGAGUCAUACUGCGACCCUCGAUUGUGGCUGCGACUUAUUUCUGAUCACGCGGUUUAUGCGGCAGUUGGGCUGCACCCCAAAAAAGCACGCGAUUUCUCCCCGGACACAGAACAGGUAAUCCGCCAUCUGCUGGACCAUCCUAAAUGCUGUGCCUUGGGUGAAAUUGGCCUCGAUUACUCAGGCUGUCACGGUCGCAAUCGCGAAGUCCAGAAGACUGUCCUCCGGAAUCUCCUUGCUGUCGCCAUAGAAUAUAAGAAACCUGUGGUAAUUCAUUGUAGGGAUGCUGACGCAGACUGUUUCGCAAUUCUUUCAGAAUGCCUACCCCAAUAUUGGAACAUUCACCUGCAUUGUUUUACGCAGGGUUGGCAGGAGGCAAGUAAAUGGUGCAGCACAUUUCCCAAUCUGUACGUAGGACUCACACCAAUUAUCACCUGGGGAACCCCGGGACCAAGAAGUGUCGCUCAGAAUAUACCUCUUGAACGAUUGCUUCUGGAAACGGACUCCCCCUACUUUGUGCCUAGCGAUCUUGCUAAAACAACAACCUUCAGCAUCCCUACGAUGGCCAAAGUAGUGGCGCAGGAAGUAGCUCGUGUCAAAGGUCUGGAAGUUGAGGAAGUGUUGACGCAGUGCAUCAAAAACACCAGAAACAUGUACCCGGUUAACCUAUAAACCUUUCUGCGCUUGACUGGCAAACUACAUUUAGUUAUACAUUUAGUUUGUACAUGUGUUUUAUUCCCACUGGAACAGAGAAAAAACAAUCCAGAAACAUUUGCUUAAAAUGGAAAUGGGUUAGCUGAUAGUCGAGGUGUCCAUUAAUUUGAUUUGUAUAAUUUGAUACUUAUUAGAUACACACUAGGUAUUUUAACAUACAGAUGGUUUAGGUCAAUUAUUAAUUUUGACUAAUAUGUAUUUGGAACAGGUUAUAUGAAGGGCAAGUUAUAACAAUUUUAUUUUUAUCGACAAAUAGCUGCAGGUAUAUUUUCUCGAUAAAGUUGCAUUGGAUUUAAGGCACUAUCAAUCGUAACUGCUUAUAU